AACCCCAGACAGGGGCCCUAGCCACCACAUCCUCUUCUCUCGUGUUGCCUACAGGCUCUCUCCUUCACUCACAAACUCCAGGACGGUGCCGGGGGCAGGGGCUGGGCCAUGUCCCCCCGUCCCACCACCCUCCUGGGCCUGGUGCUCUGUCUGGGUCACACGAUGCACACACAGGCGGGGACCCUGCCCAGUCGCUCCACCAGGGCUGAGCCCGACUCUGUAAGCCCCCAGGGGUGGCCUGUGACCAUUGUGUGCAGGGGCCCUGCUGGGGCUGAGGAAUUCCGUCUGGAGACGAAGGACAAUAGGAGUGACUUCAAGGAUGAGAAAACUGUGUUUCAAAUUGGUCCAUACCAGACAGAGGCCAGAUUCCGCAUCACCGCUGUGAGUAGAGACGCUGCCCAGCAUUAUCAGUGCCUCUAUCGAAAAGGUAAUCACUGGUCUGAGCCCAGUGAGCCCCUGGACCUGCCGGUGACAGAUCAGGCCUCUGACCAGACCCUCCUCACUCCUCGGAGACACAGACGCAUCCGCAGGACAAUGACCGUCCUGAUGCGCGAGGGGGACGCAGAAGCACGAGCCCGGCCUGCCGACAGAGCAUCUUUAUAUUCUCAUUGGGGUCCCUGUGGCCUUUCUCCUUUGUCUCUUUCUCCUGGGCCUUUUCCUCCUCCAUCGUCGGCACGAGAGAAAACGGGGGCCCCCAAGAAGCAAAGGCUCAGCCCCGCUGUUGACGUCGCAGAUGAGACACCAGAUCUGGCCACUGUCGACAGACUUCCUGAGAAGAGUGGGGAAGUGGACACCUCAGCCUCUGCUGCAGGAGGCCCCCAGAAGGUGAUAUAUGCCCAGCUGGACCACCCGGCCUUCACACAGAGGGUGGCCAGAGCUGUGUCCCCACUGUCCACAGAGCCCACAGCCAAGUCCAGCAUGUAUGCAGUCCUUGCCAGAAACUGACCCCAGGCCCCCCUGGCCUCUGCACUAAAGACACAGGAGGGCACUCUUGCAAAAGCCUGCAGUGGACAUUUGGAGGGUUUCCCUGUGGAAUCGGCCCUUCCUGAAGUCAUCCGGUCAAUUCUCCUGCUGGCAAGAGCUGGAGUCCUGAGACCCCCCAAUCAACUUCUAGGAGAUUCAUUCACCAUGUGGCCCCUCCCACAAUCAACUAGCUCCUUGGAGAGGACGUGUAGCACUUGUUUCAGAGACCCAGCUGUGGUCCCUUGGCUGUUUCCAGAGACCCAGCUAUAGUGCUUGGCUGUUUCCAGAGACCCAGCUGCAGUCUCUUGGCUGUUUCUAGAGACCCAGCUAUGGUCCUACAGUCGCCCAGCUGAUUCCAGAUAUGUCCUGUGAAUCCUCCCCUGCCCCCAGAGACCUGUUUUGUUUUCUCAGCUGACUGUACGAACCUUCCUAGAGUUCAGUUGUUGAUCUUGAAUCUGGGCUACACUUAUGCAGCUGAUAGCUAAGACCAUGUUUUCUAGAUCACGCUUCACGUUGUUCAUCAAUAAACGUCCUCACAGGCCC